AUGAGCGGUGAAGAGUUUACUCGCGGUCCGGUGUUCGCUUCGUUGCCGAAAACUACGCGCGGUCUUCCAACUGUUUUGGGUUGGUUUUUGUGUUUACAGCAUUUUGAAAAAUUUUAGGUUCUAUAAGUUUCAUUCAAAAAAAUUGUUAAAUUCUAUUUUUUUAUUCUGCUUCUCAUUUUGAAUAAAAAAAUGUUUGGAUUGAUGUGAGAUGAUUCGAUUUUAUAUUUUCCGCCAUAUUUUGAGUGCCCAGACUUUUUCAACUUCUCAAUGGAGUGAUCUGAUAUUUUUCAGAAACGUACCAAAACCGUUCAUCAAUUGAUAGCACAAAAAAAUAUUAAAAAAAUGCAAUUUUUCAAUUUUUUGAAUUAAUUUUGUACUAAUCAAAUGUUACAGGUGCUAGCCCAAAUGGCGAGAAAAUCCUCUACUGCAACAGCAAUUCCGUGUACAUCGUCCCAGUGGAUAAUCUAACUGAAGCGGACAUUUACACUGAGCAUCCCAUAGCUACUACCGUCGCUAAAAUGAGUCCUAGCGGGUAUUUUUUAUUUAUAAUUCUGUGUUCACAAGGAAUUUUCAGUUUCUAUGUAGCUUCUGGAGAUAAUCACGGCAACGUUCGAAUUUGGGAUACGGUUAACUCGACGCAUAUUUUGAAGGCGACAUAUCAAGUUUGUAUUUGAACUUUUUUGGAAAUAUUUGAAAAAGGUUUGCAAAAAGUUCGAGUUUUUCAUUUUGAAAUGAAAAAAAUUGAAAAAAAGAUGAACUUAUCAAAAAGCCUGUAAGAUCGUAGAAUUUAAAAAUAAUGGUUAGAGGAGCCAGAAUAAAAACGUUUCUCCAGGUUUUCUCGGGUCCAGUUCGAGACAUUGCCUGGAACGACGACAGCAAACGUAUCGCCGCUGUUGGAGAAGGAAAAGAAAGGUUCAAAGUCCCUUCCGUCAUUGUUUUCAUCAACUAUUUUCUUUAGAUUUGGCCAUGUUUUCCUUUUCGACACCGGCACCUCAAACGGCAAUCUCUCCGGUCAAAGCCGUCCGAUGAGCAGCGUUGAUUUCCGUCCAACGGUUAGGAAACACCCCUGGACUUUGAUAAUUUAUAUCUAUGGUUCUAGAGACCCUACCGCAUCAUCUCCGGCUCUGAAGACAACACAAUCGCCCUGUUCGAAGGACCUCCUUUCAAGUUCAAGACGGUGAGAAGAUAUGUUGGAGAAGGUUUUGAUUUAUUGAUUGACAGACCUUCCACGAACACUCGAGAUUCGUGCAUGUCACACGCUACAGCCCAGAUGGAGCUCUGUUUGCGUCUGCUGGAGCUGACGGAAAGGUAGGAAUCUGAAAUUUCCAAGUUUUUAGAAGAGUUUCCAGGUUCUUCUCUUCGAAGGGUCAGAAGGAAGUUUAGUGGGCGAGUUGACCGACCCCUCUGUCUCCACGGUUGAAAUUUUCACACAUUCAAAUAAAGUGUAGAAGUUCAGGGUGCGGCUCAUUCUGGAGGAGUUUUCGGAUUGGCCUGGUCUCACGAUAACCAACGCAUCGCGACGGCUUCUGGAGACAAAACUGUCAAAAUCUGGAACGUUCCUGCGAAAUCGCUAGAAAAGUUGUUGUCCUCGCAGGAAAUGUUUGAAAACUUCUUGUUUCUAGAACUGUCAAUUUUGGAAAUGGAGUCGAAGAUCAGCAGCUUGGCAUUCAAUGGACAAAGAAGGUUUUGGUUUCCGUCUCGCUCAGCGGUUUUCUAAGCUUCAUCAAUCCUGAAUUAGGAGCUGUAGAUACGGUUUUUAUCUCUCCUUUGAUUUUUCAGAAUGUUUUUAUUUUGAGGUUCGCCACGGUCAUAACAAGCCAAUCACCGCUUUGGCUGUCAGUUCUGAUUACAAAUAUCUUUUCACAUCUGAUUUUGAAGGAAAUACUAGUAAGAACUCAGUAAACUUUCUUAUAUGGAGUUUACAAUUCAGCUCGCUGGGAAAUCGCGUCUGGAGCAUCGAAACGAAUCCGGCCUGUCCUUCACAAAUCUCAAGUCAGGCUAUAAAGUUUAAACUUUAAGAAAAUAGAAUGUUUAGGUUGUUGGACUGAGUUUCUCAAACAAGAACGAGCUCUUCAGUGUCGGCUGGGAUGACACAUUACAAGUGACCCCAAUCACCGACGAUAACGUUGGUAAGUGGUAGUUUCCGUAUUGAACAACGCAAAAAAUGGCUUCAGAAGCUGUUCGAUCGUCUUCUGUGAAGUUAGCGUCGCAGCCACUUGGAUUGGCUUCGACUCCAGAUGGCUCCGUGGCGGUAGUGGCUUGUUACAAGCAUAUUGUCUUGUUCCAGGUAAUUUUUGUUUUUCAAUCAACUUUGAGCUCUUUCUGAAGAAGUUACAGUAAGAAAUUAUGAUUUCUUUUCAGAACGGUAAGCAAGUCGCUGAAGUUCCCAUCGGAUUUUCCUCUUCUUCCGUUUCAAUCUCGGCCGACAAAUCUCUGGUUGCCGUUGGAGGACAAGUAAGCAUCUUGACUGAAUUGGUCACAAUUAUUUUCUGUUCAGGACGCAAAAGUGCACAUCUACAGUCUUUCGGGCACGAACCUCGCUGAAAAGAAAGUCCUUACUCACAGCGCUCCAAUCACCUCCGUAGCCUUCUCACCCAACGGCGAGUACUUGGCAGUAACUGACAGCGGGCGCAAAGUUUGUCUUGUCAAAGAGUUAAGAUUAUAGAGAAGUUCAGGUCGUUCCUUAUUCUGUUUCCAAAGACUUUGUGACGGCUUCUGAGAAAGAGUGGACCUUCCACAGUGCUAAGGUAGUCCUGACAACCAUAUUAAGGCAUUAUGAAAGAUUUUAAAGGUUAACUGCGUGGCCUGGUCACCAGACAGCACUCGUUUGGCCACGGGCGGACUUGACACUCACAUCAUCGUCUGGAGCCUGAAGCACAGUGGCGAACAUCCUGUCAUCAUCCGCGGUAAGAAAAAAUCCUCCAUAAACUUUUUGUUUUGAAGAAGAAUUGAGCUCAAGUUUUGAAACCAUUUACUUUACAGGGGCCCACACAAUGUCGCCUGUAAACGGGAUCGCGUGGCUGAGCGACAAACGUAUUCUUUCCGUCGGUCAGGACGCCAAUGUCAAGCAGUGGGACGUCCCUAACUGA